AUGUCGUACGGCGGUGGCGGCUACUCUCGCGGCGGCGACUCUCGCGGAGGUGACUCCUACCGCUCCCGCGGUGGUGACAACGGCUACUCCGGUGGCGGCGGUGGUGGUUACGGCGGUGGUCGUGGAGGCGGCUACUCUGGCGGCGGCGGCUACGGUGGUGGUGGUGGUGGUUACGGUGGUGGUGGUGGUGGUUACGGCGGUGGUGGCGGCGGCUACGGCGGCGGCGGUGCUGGUGGUGACCGCAUGUCCAACCUCGGCGCUGGCCUCAAGAACCAAGACUGGGACAUUGACUCUCUUCCCAAGUUCGAGAAGUCCUUCUACAAGGAGCACCCCGAUGUCACUGCGCGCACACAAGAAGAGGUUGAUGCCUUCCGCAAGUCCAAGGUCAUGGCUAUUCAGGGUACCAACGUCCCCCGCCCCGUUCAAACCUUUGACGAGGCUGGUUUCCCUCAGUACGUCCUCUCUGAGGUCAAGGCACAGGGCUUCGACAGCCCCACUGCUAUUCAGGCCCAGGGUUGGCCCAUGGCCCUCUCCGGUCGUGAUGUCGUUGGUAUCGCCGAGACUGGUUCCGGAAAGACCUUAAGUUACUGUCUCCCCGCUAUUGUCCACAUCAACGCCCAGCCCCUCCUCGCCCCCGGCGAUGGCCCUAUUGUCCUUGUCCUUGCCCCCACUCGUGAGUUGGCCGUUCAGAUUCAGGCCGAGAUCACCAAGUUCGGAAAGUCCUCUCGCAUUCGCAACACCUGUGUCUACGGUGGUGUCCCCAAGGGUCCUCAGAUUCGCGAUCUUUCCCGCGGUGUCGAGGUCUGCAUUGCUACCCCCGGUCGUCUGAUCGAUAUGCUCGAGGCCGGCCGCACCAACCUGCGCCGUGUCACUUACCUCGUCCUUGACGAGGCUGACCGUAUGUUGGACAUGGGUUUCGAGCCCCAGAUUCGCAAGAUCAUUGGCCAGAUUCGCCCCGACCGUCAGACUUGCAUGUGGUCCGCCACUUGGCCCAAGGAGGUCCGUCAGCUGGCUUCUGACUUCCUGAACGACUACAUUCAGGUCAACGUCGGUUCCACCGAUCUUGCUGCCAACCACCGCAUUACCCAGAUCGUUGAGGUCGUUUCCGACUUCGAGAAGCGUGACAAGAUGAUCAAGCACCUUGAGAAGAUCAUGGAGGAGCGCACCAACAAGUGCAUCAUCUUCACUGGUACUAAGCGUGUCGCUGACGAGAUUACCCGUUUCCUCCGCCAAGACGGAUGGCCUGCGCUUUCCAUCCACGGUGACAAGCAACAGAAUGAGCGUGACUGGGUCUUGAACGAGUUCAAGCAGGGCAAGAGCCCCAUCAUGGUGGCCACUGACGUGGCUUCCCGUGGUAUCGAUGUCCGUGACAUUACUCAUGUCCUGAACUAUGACUACCCCAACAACUCUGAGGACUAUGUCCACCGUAUUGGUCGUACCGCUCGUGCCGGUGCCACUGGUACUGCCAUUACCUUCUUUACCACUGACAACUCCAAGCAGGCUCGCGACUUGGUCACUAUCCUUACCGAGGCCAAGCAGCAGAUCGAUCCCCGUCUCGCCGAGAUGGUUCGCUACGGCGGUGGUGGCGGUGGUCGCUGGGGCGGUGGCCGUGGCCGUGGUGGCUGGGGUGGUCGUGGCCGCGGAGGUGGUGGUUUCACUGCUUCCAACGCUGCUCCUGUCGGCGGUAACCGUCGCUGGUAG